GUCUGACGCAACUCUGUGGGUGUGGCCUAAUCCGCGUUCCUGAGCAGUUUUUGUGAGUGGCGGCGCUGCUCGGCUCGGUUCUCCGGGAAAUGUGGCGCUCAUGUGCGGCCGGAGGGAGAAAGAAGACGCUCGCUGGAUCGGAGCCGGUAAUCCAUCAUGAUUCCCAUCACUGAGUUACGGUAUUUUGCUGACACCCAGCCGGCGUACCGGAUCCUGAAGCCAUGGUGGGACGUCUUCACCGACUACAUCUCCAUCGUCAUGCUCAUGAUCGCUGUGUUUGGGGGAACGCUGCAGGUGACCCAGGAUAAGAUGAUCUGCCUGCCCUGUAAGUGGGUGGGGGAGACUGGGUGUGCGGAAUUUAACGUCAGUGCCAGGCCCAACACGGAGCCGCGGGGGAUCCAGUAUGAACUGGACAGACACCAGUAUAACUAUGUGGAUGCCGUGUGCUACGAGAACAAGCUGCACUGGUUCGCCAAGUACUUCCCCUACCUGGUGCUGCUGCACACUCUCAUCUUCCUGGCCUGCAGCAACUUCUGGUUCAAGUUCCCCCGGACCAGCUCCAAGCUGGAGCACUUCGUCUCCAUCCUGCUCAAGUGCUUCGACUCCCCCUGGACCACGCGGGCGCUCUCCGAGACAGUGGUGGAGGAGACCGACACCAAGCCCCCGGGCAAGGCUGAUGGUUUUACCGAUAAGAAAACAUCCAGCAUUAGCGACCAGGACGUGGAGGCCAGUGUGCCCAUGCUGCAGCGGACUAAAUCCCGCAUAGAGCAGGGCAUCGUGGAUCGCUCCGAGACGGGUGUGCUGGAUAAGAAAGAAGGAGAACAGGCCAAGGCCCUGUUUGAGAAGGUCAAGAAGUUCCGCAUCCACGUGGAAGAGGGCGACAUCGUUUACCGCCUCUACAUUCGCCAGACCAUCAUCAAGGUCAUCAAGUUCAUCCUCAUCAUCAGCUACACAGCCUACUACGUGCAGUUCAUCAGCUUCAACGUCAAGUGCCAGGUGGACAUCGAGCGCCUAACGGGUUACAGGAUGUACUACUGCGCCCACCCGCUGGCCACGCUCUUCAAGAUCCUGGCCUGGUUCUACAUCUCGCUGGUCAUCGUCUACGGCCUCAUCUGCAUGUACACGCUGUGCUGGAUGCUGGGCCGCUCGCUCAAGCUCUACUCGUUCGAGUCCAUCCGCGAGGAGAGCAGCUACAGCGACAUCCCGGACGUCAAGAACGACUUCGCCUUCAUGCUGCACAUGAUCGACCAGUACGACCCGCUCUACUCCAAGCGCUUCGCCGUCUUCCUGUCCGAGGUCAGCGAGAACAAACUGAGGCAGCUCAACCUCAACAACGAGUGGACUCUGGAGAAACUGCGCCAACGGAUCACCAAGAACUCACAGGAGAAGCUGGAGCUUCAUCUCUUCAUGCUGAGCGGCAUUCCCGACACCGUCUUCGACCUGCUGGAGCUCGAGGUGCUGAAGUUGGAGCUGAUCCCAGACGUCACCAUCCCGCCAAUCAUCGCCCAGUUGUCCAAUCUGCGAGAGAUGUGGCUGUACCACACUCCGGCUAAAAUCGAGGCCCCAGCCCUGGCCUUCUUGAAAGAGAACCUUAAAUCACUCCACAUAAAAUUCACAGACAUUAAAGAGAUCCCGCUGUGGAUCUACAGCCUGAAGAACCUGAGCGAGCUUCACCUCACUGGCAACCUGAGCGCCGACAACAACCGCUACAUCGUCAUCGACGGCCUGCGAGAACUGAAGAGGCUCAAAGUGCUGAGGCUCAAGAGCAAUCUGACCAAGCUGCCUCAGGUGGUGACAGACGUGGGUGUUCACCUGCAGAAGCUCUCCAUCAAUAACGAGGGCACCAAGCUGAUGGUGCUCAACAGUCUAAAGAAGAUGGUGAACCUGACGGAGCUGGAGCUGGUGCGCUGUGACCUGGAGCGCAUCCCACACUCCAUCUUCAGCCUCCACAACCUACAGGAGAUUGAUCUGAAGGACAACAAUCUAAAGACCAUCGAGGAGAUCAUCAGCUUCCAGCACCUUCACCGGCUGGUGUGUCUGAAGCUGUGGUACAAUCAAAUCGCCUACAUCCCCAUUCAGAUAGGCACGCUCACCAACAUGGAGCGCCUCUACUUGAACCGCAACAAAAUCGACAAGAUCCCCAGCCAGCUGUUCUUCUGCCGCAAGCUACGCUUCCUGGAUCUCAGCCACAACAACCUGACCAGCAUCCACCCUGACAUAGGACUCCUGCAGAACCUGCAGUACUUUGCUGUUACAGCGAACAGGAUUGAGACUCUACCGCCCGAGUUGUUCCAGUGUAAGAAGCUGCGGACCCUGAACUUGGGAAACAACUGCCUGACCACUCUGCCGUCCCGUUUCGGCGAGCUGACUGGUCUGACCCAGCUGGAGCUGCGGGGUAACCGGCUGGAGGGCUUACCUGUGGAGCUGGCUGAGUGCCGGCUGCUGAAGCGCUCAGGCCUGGUGGUGGAGGAAGACCUGUUCAAAACCCUCCCCACUGAGGUGAAGGAGCAGCUGUGGAGAGCAGAUAAGGAACAAGCCUGAGAGAGCCUGGAGGAAACUGGGGCCGAGAGAAGACUGGAAGCAGGAGGGACUCUUUACUUAUUUUUAUUAUUAUUUUUUUUUUAUAGUAUUUUUUAUUGAUUUCAUUUGGUUUUGUUUUAACUGAAGAGAAAGAACAAGGUUGAUCCUUGUCUAAACCCAACAACAAAAAGAAUUAAGAAAGGAGGGUGGAGAACAAACACAGACAGUGCAACACACACACACAGUGCCACUGGCCAUCAGCGAACAAACAUUCUACAUACAAUUUAAAAGCUAAAUUGUACACACUAUAUCUACAGACCCCCAAAGCUGACUGGCCUAACAGACCACCACCAACAAGCUGAAUGUUCUCCUACAACGUGCCACAUAAACACAUCACAAUCUCUACGAACAAACCUAACAAAAAAAACUAAAAUCUUUAUACAGAACACUUCUCUGAGCAGCGAAGGACUUUUAGCAUUUUGUUUUAUGCUUUUUUUUAUUAUUCCUUUUUUUUUUUAAGAUGUUUGUGGACCGAAUGGUUGCCAAUAAUAAAGGGAAUGUUAUGAUGCAACGCUGUUGUGUAAAAAGACCAUCAUCGUGGCAACGUGCCUACGCUCUAAUAUGGCCUUAACUCUUAGGAGCCGAAUGCCUGAAAUCGAACUGAACAUUUCUGAUUAUGGUUUUAUAACGUUUUUGCAACAAAAUAGAAAAAGAAAAAAAACUGAUGUGGACAAAUGCAAACUGGUAUGGAUUUGCAUAAGACGUGCGUUAACUGUUUUUUAUUAACAGAUUAUGAUUUAUUUUUAGUUUGAGAAGUUUGUUUUUGUCGUCCCAGGGACUGUGUAACAUGACACUUAACAGAUAUGGAAAUAAAAAACUUUGGGAGAUGA